AUGUAUCAUCCUUAUCGAGGAGGUGGCCGUGGUGGCCGUGGCAACGGUCCUCGUUGCCAUUGUUGCAACAAUCCUGGGCACGUCCGUGCCAACUGUCCGGUGCUGGAGAGGGAGCGGCGGCUCCAGGCCCAGGUGGAGCUGCUGCUCCAAUUCGCGGUGGUGCCUGGUGGUGGCACCUUUGAGCAGAUCCCCCCCCCCCCCCCCCCUCCGGCCUAUCCUGGUGGCGCUGCCCCCGUCGCUGGUGGUGCUGGUGGUGGUGCUGGUGGUGGUGCUGGUGGCGGUGCUGCUCAGCAGCCUCCCCCUCCUGCAGAGGGGGACGACCAGCCAAUGGCCCGUAAGAUUGCCCAGGACUUCAAGUCUGAUCUCCGCUUCCAGUCUUCUGCCAUCGGUGCUCUCCAGGAGUCCGUCGAGUCUUACCUCGUCUCCCUCUUCAAGGACACCAACCUCUGCGCCAUCCAUGCGAAGCGUGUCACCAUCCAGUCAAAGGACAUUCAGCUCGCCCGCCGUCUCCGAGGCGAGCGCAACUAA